ACCAUCCCGGCACAUGAGUCGGCACGCUCUCCUUAGUUUUCUCCCUUCUUCUCGAAUGAAUCUUUCGGGCAGGUCAUCCCGAACUGGUGCAAUCCCGCGGAGCUACAGCGUACGGCCCAUCGCCGGAAUCUCGCUCGCCGUCGCGAGCACGCCCCUCUUCCACUCCCCGUUCGUCACCGCCUGCCGAGUUUUUCGUCUUGGCGAUGGGACUCUCGUAUCCCGCCUAAAGAAGAAGUUAGGGGGGCCCAUUAAAACAGAAUCUUGGUUGACCUAGCUAGACUGUCAAUAUCUAUCGGGGCCGAGGCCAUAACACCGCUGUUCUUCUCCGUUAUCCUCCACCCCAAACCCUUUCCUGCUUGAACACCAACUAGAGAGGCUUCUGACAGCCGUACCCAUCAUCAUAAUGGUAACCGCGUCUGCGAGUAAGCCUUGGCUGGUCCAGAAGUACGGAGGCACCAGCCUAGGAAAGCUGCUCAAUACCAUCUGCACUGGUAUCAUCCCUCAGUACAACGCGGAGCACAAUCUCAUCGUCGUCUGCUCUGCCCUCUCUGGCACCAUCAAGGCUGGCGGGACUACGAGUCUCCUGCUGCAGUGCAUCGCGUACGCCGAAUUGGGUGCCGAUUCCCGUAGACGGCUCGUCGACUUAGUAGAUGUGAUCAAGGAGAACCACCUGAGAGUUCUCGGCUCGUUCGCGAGCUCACCUGCGUGCCCGGGGAUCGCAAGCUCGCAGGCGUACAACGACACAGUUUCUGCCAUCAAGGAAGAGUGCGAGAGCCUCAAGAAUUUUUUGCUCGCCGCCCAGAUUGUCGGCGAGUUAUCACCACGAUCGAAAGAUCGCGUUAUCUCGCUCGGCGAGAAGCUCGCAUCCAUGAUCGUCGCCGCGUGUCUAACAAGCAUAGGUAUUUCCUCAAAACCAAUAUUCCUUGAUAAUAUUAUUUCUUCGGCUUUCGGUCGUUGUAUCCAGGACCAAGCAGCAGCGCUCGAACGUCUUGGCCCAAAAUUCUAUCAUGUAUUGGCGGAUCAAAUAGCAGAGAGAAUUCAGGAAUGCAGAGACGCGAUUCCCGUCGUAACGGGCUUCUUCGGCAUCAUGCCUGACUCGUUGCUCCAGACGGUCGGAAGGGGGUACUCGGACCUCUGCGCAGCCAUGUGCGCGGUGGCGGUAGGGGCGGAAGAGCUACAGAUCUGGAAAGAAGUCGACGGCAUCUUCACCGCCGACCCUAGAAAAGUACCUUCGGCAAGAUUGUUAUCAACCGUCACGCCCGAAGAGGCGGCGGAAUUGACAUACUACGGGAGCGAGGUCAUCCACCCUCUAACAAUGGACCAAAUCCGGGAUGCUCGCAUCCCGCUACGCCUUAAAAACGUCUUCAAGCCAUCCGGACAGGGCACUAUCAUCUAUCCAUCAUCCGGCUCUCUUACCCCUGAGAGCCCAACGAACAGCCCUCCCAUCUCUCCUAUUAGCGCAGGAAGCUCUCCUCGAUCAACUCCCCCCCUGUCGAGCUUCAUGCUCCAGAACGGCUAUUACGGGGCCCAGCAGGAACGCAGGCGGCCAACCGCGGUGACGGUCAAAGACGACAUCGCCCUCCUCAACGUCAUUUGCAACCGCAACACCAAGUCACAGGGCUUUCUCACUCAAGUGUUCGACUGCCUCGAGAGGCACAAGAUUCCGGUAGACCUAGUCGCGACGAGCGAGAGGCACGUCACCCUCGCGGUCCAGUCGCCGAGCGAUCCUGGCUCGCUGCUGCGGCUCAAGGACGAGCUCGAGCGGUUUGGACAGGUCGCCAUCUCGCCAAAUAUGUCCAUCGUGACGGUGGUGGGUCACAAGAUGCGUAACAUGGUGGGCGUAUCCAACGAGAUCCUGUCCGCGCUGGCCUCGGCGCAGAUCAGCAUCUACCUGAUAAGCCAGGGCGCGAGCGAGAUCAAUAUAUCGCUGGUCGUGGGUGCAGACCACGCCCUGGCAGCGAUGAACGCGAUCCAUAGCGAAGUGCUCAAGAUUCCGACACAGCGGGAGCAAGAAAAUCGGUUUAUUCCUGGGCCGUGGCUAUACUGAAGAGCUGGCAUACAUCAGGCCACCCACUCGAGCAGAGGCUUGUAUGACUAGGUACAUGAAGGCAACGGCGGGCAAGUCGGCUCCUAAUCUUGGAGCCUAGGCGACGACGAUAGACCUGGCAAAGAGUAGGGACCG